CAACACUGCUGGUAAGAAAAAUUGUCAACAAGUCAAGUUGCGCGCUACGAAUUCAUGCACGUGUUAUAUUUUGAUCUUAAAUAAUUACUAAAUUUAUCAACUUUUUCUUGUUUUCAAUCAUCUUCUUAUUGUAUUUAAGUAUACCGAGAAAAGUGAAAUUAAAUUAACUCACAAUGUAAAUACGAAGUAAUGCAAUGUCCAAAGAAGGUUAUAGUGCCGAAAAAAAAGAAGAUAGCAAAAUUGUUUUAGAAAAGUUACAAUCCUAUUUAAAAGAUAAAAGAAGUGUAGAGACUGGAGAAUCGACUGUCAGCUACAGCAAACCGAGUACUAGUUUCGAGCAAAAUCCGCAAACGGCCCUAAUCGACGACAGCAGCAACGUCUUGAGAGAAGUUUUGAAUCAUAAGAAGGCCGAAUUGCUACGUCAACCCGAAAUAGUUGCCUUUUUAAAGACAUUGUCUUCUGAUUUAAAGAAAUAAUGGCGGUCGCAACACAGAAAAAUGUAGCAUCUCUAAUACGUAAAACACUUGACAGACAAGCAGCUGUAGCACGAACGAAGUUCAGCUUCAAAAAAAAUCAAAUAGAGCGGAUUCUAUUGAGCUAUAUAAGAGAUGAUAACUCUGGUCCGUAUAACGAAUUAAUAAAUAUUCUGAGAGAUUAUCCAUUAAAUGAUGAUAAUUUUAGAAUACUGUUUGAAGAUUGUUUAUCUUGUGUAGUCUUAUUGGGUAGAGAUUUGAAGACAUUUGUUGAUGCUUUAUACUGUGUUGAGUGGGCAAAUAGGGACGAAAGCUUAGUGGAGAUUUAUAGCAGAUUUGUGUUGAGUCUGGUGACUGCUCACACUUACCAUUGUCCAAGACUUAUGGCUUCCUUGGUUAAAUUAUUCAAAGCUGAUGGGGAAAAUUGGGAUGAAAAACCUUCACAAGAAAUGGUUUCUAAAUGGUCGAAUAUCCAUAUGAUAAUUGCACAAAUUGUGGCAGUUGUUCCCAUGACCAGUGAUCUUCUUAUGCAAACAGUAAUCGCACAAUUUCCUUAUUACAAAGUUGGAUGCUUUGCGAACAGAGCUUAUAUUCAUAACCUAAUAUGGAUAAGCAAGUACAUACCUUCACUGGUGGAACAAAUUAUGACAGCCAUUAUUAACAAGAUGGUAGAUAUGGAUGCCAAUGUUGAUCGAGAGAAGAAUAAAGUCCAAGACACUAUGUUUGAAAUGGAAGUAGAUGAAAAAGAUAAUAUUAGUACAACACUAGACUAUUGUAUGCUGGAGAUGCUAAACUGGCUGGAGGAUGAGAGAGAUUCUGUGCUUCCUAUCAUGUGCAAUGUAUUUGAACGAAUUGUCUUACCAACAUAUGGCAUAAAACAUGUUCAGUUCCUGCUUUUGUACACAAUAUCUAUAAACCAACAAUGUGCUGAUAGAGUGUUCAAAAAUCUAUGGAUAGUUGCUGCUGGCUUGCACGGACUUGGCCCCGGUGCACUGGCAACACGGAGAACUGCUGCCAGUCACUUAGCAGGCUUGUUGGCGAGAUGUGUACGUGUGCAAAACUCUAGACUAAUACACUAUCUGAAGAUAAUGGCAGAAUGGUGUCAUUCAUACAUAACUGCAACACAAGAAUCAACGGUAGCUGAUAAUACAAAAGUGCAUGGUGCUUUUCAUGCAAUAUGCCAUGCUAUAUUUUACUUGGUUGCCUUUAAAAAUCAUUAUCUGUUUAUGAGUAAAGAAAGUGUUAAUUUUGUCGAGUCAUUAAACUUACCUCGUCUAGUCACAUGUACACUAAAUCCUCUUCGGACAUGUCCACCUCAAGUCACCAGAGCAUUCUCCUCCGUAACAAGAUCUCACCAAGUGGUGUACUGUCAAGCAAUCAUAGAAAAAAAUUCAAGACUGACAUUGCAAAAUACAGUUAAGAAAUAUGAUGAGUGGUUCCCAUAUGAUCCAUAUACAUUACCUGUAUCAGGAAAAAUAAUUUGGCCACUGUGUAUGGAAUAUAAGGAUGUGUUCAAAGAUGGUGAUGAUGAAACCCAGUACACAAGUUUUAAAAGAAAAAUGGAAGCUGAAGAUGAUGAUUACUUAAUACCCAGUCCAUCGCAGAAACUAGCGUCGUCUUUAUCUAAUUGUAUAUCACCCGGAUUUAAAACCAGUGAAAGUAUAAUGAUGUAGAAUUAAAAAUAAGUUAAUAAAUGAAAUGUUUUAAUAGUUACAAUCAGAUUUGUAUGUGCUACGAGUAGUAGAGAACUACUCAUGCUCCUUAUAAGAGCUGUUAUUUUUAGUUCAUAAUGACAUAAUAAUGGUUCAGAUAUUAUUAGCAUACAGUAGAAAAAAAAGAGGUGACAGCCGGCCGGUGCAAAACUCCACCUGUCCUUACUGUGAACCAGCUCAAAGUUGUUGAUAAGUUUGGAAGUACUUGUCUGUAUAUUAUAACAUGGAAAUGUUCAAAUAUAUUAUCAAUGCCAACAAAAUAUCUUUUAAUUGAUAAUGUGAUAUAUUUAUUGUACCACCUGUAUGCGUUUCAGCUUAUGCAUAUAUUCAUAAAUUCCUAUAAUUUAGUUUAAACAUGUUACAAGUUGUUACGAGUUAGUAGCAUAUUUUUUGCUUAUAUAUUUUAAAAUACUUAACUUGAUUAGUACAUAU